UUAUUGUUAAAACCUUUUGUAGUGGUUUGUGCUUAGUAGAUACUAGGUGUUUUCAUAUUGUUGGUGUUGGAAUCACAAAAGUAGUCUUGUCUCCAGUAACAAAAUGCAUAAAUAAAAACCUAAAACUAGAGAGUGAUAGUAAAGAUUUUAGAUCACCAGCAUAUUUAGUGGGCUGCUUUUCCCCUGCUGUAGAAUUAGUUGUGUAAAGAUUGUGUAGUGACCUGAAGGAUAGACUACAAUAGCUAUAGAACAGUGAAUGACAGUGUAUAAACAAACACAUAAGGAGUUCAAAUAGAAGCCCGACAAAUGCCCUUUAUUAUUGGGUGCUUUGUUUUUUUACUCUGAGGUCUAUACCAGCACCUUUAAAACUAGUCAUUUGGGGCCGAAGAGAGACAUCUCAGUAGAUAAAAGCACUUGCUGCUCUUGCAGAUGAGCCAAGUUCCAGUCCCAGCACCCACAUGGUGGCUCACAACCAUCCAUAACUCCAUUUUUAAGGAAUCUGACACCCCUCUUGAUCUCUGUGCCCACCAGACAUUCGGGUGGUCACAUACUAUACAUGCAGACAAAAUGUUCAUAUUCAUAGAAUAAAUUUUUAAAAAAUUAGUCAUUUAUAUAACUUGGGAAGGGAUCUGAUUUUGUUUGGCACAACAGUGACUAACAUGUAAUACAUGUUUGGUAACCAUUUAGCUAUAAAUGUAUUGACUCGGGAAUAUAUAUGAUUUCAUUAAGUGAAAAGAACAUGCUGCAUGUUUGUUUUUUGUUUGUCCAGACAGGUAGUUGCCACCACCAUCCAACUAUGUUGCAUGUUUUAAUGCAUUGGUAUAUUUCAUCUGGAUGUUUUUUUGUUUCGUUUUUAUUUUCUCAAGACAAGGUUUCUCUAUAGUCCUGGCUGUCCUGGAACUCACUAUGUAGACCAGGCUGGCCUCAAACUCAGAGAUCCACCUGCCUUUGCCUCCUGAGUACUGGGAUUAAAGGUGUGUGCCACCACUGCCUGGCAGUAUAUUCCAUUUUCAAAUAAAGCUUUCAUAUCUCCUUAAUAUAGUUAUGUUUUAUAUUGAGAUAAAAUUGAGAAAUCCUUUGUUAAUGCAACAUUAAGCAUGCUUAAUAUUUAAAAGUGGCUACUUGAAUAUGUAAGUGCAACAAUUACCAGUGCUUAUGGGGCAUUUUGUGAAGAUUUCUUUUGAUAGCCAGGGACAGUUAUGUGUCCACUUUUGCACAUCUUCAAUACAUUAGUAGAGAACAUCAUGCUCUUUGGAGUCAUACCUCUGGGCUCAAGUUCUUGGUCUGCUAUUUACUAACUUUAGAACAUUGGCCAAAGUAGUGAAUUUCUCCAAAUCUCAAGUUCUUCAAUUUCUGCAAGAAAAUAAUAGCUUUACAGAGUUGUGGGAAUUAAGAAUUAGUAUAUGGAAAUGUAACAGAUCAUUUUAUGAUUUAUUCUGAAGUCUUCCUUCUCAGUGUUAACAGUAGAUAAAUAAUAAAUCAAUAUUACUAAUUAUCUGUAGUUGUAGUUUCUUAAAUCUGUGCAUACUCCAAAUGUACUUAUUUAAUACUUCUUAUUCAGAGUGUUACAUUACAAGCAAAGGAAUGAAGGUACCUUAAAGCAUCGUGCUUCCUAGUACAUAAUCACCUGGAGGAGUGCCACCAUGGCAACUGCACCAUACAACUACUCUUACAUCUUUAAGUAUAUUAUUAUUGGGGAUAUGGGAGUAGGAAAGUCUUGCUUGCUUCAUCAAUUUACAGAAAAAAAAUUUAUGGCUGACUGUCCUCACACAAUUGGUGUUGAAUUUGGUACAAGAAUAAUUGAAGUUAGUGGCCAAAAAAUCAAACUGCAGAUUUGGGAUACAGCAGGACAGGAACGGUUCAGAGCUGUUACACGGAGCUACUACAGAGGAGCUGCGGGCGCACUUAUGGUGUAUGAUAUCACCAGAAGAAGUACAUAUAACCACUUAAGCAGCUGGUUGACAGAUGCAAGGAAUCUCACCAAUCCAAACACUGUAAUAAUUCUCAUAGGAAAUAAAGCAGAUUUGGAAGCACAGAGAGAUGUUACCUAUGAAGAAGCCAAACAGUUUGCCGAAGAAAAUGGCUUAUUGUUCCUUGAAGCAAGUGCAAAAACGGGAGAGAAUGUAGAAGAUGCUUUUCUUGAGGCUGCCAAGAAAAUCUAUCAGAACAUUCAGGACGGAAGCCUGGAUCUGAAUGCUGCCGAGUCUGGUGUACAACACAAACCCUCAGCCCCGCAGGGAGGACGGCUAACCAGUGAACCCCAGCCCCAGAGAGAAGGCUGUGGCUGCUAGUGACCUCUUUGCUCUGGCCCUUCAUUGACCUUUCACAUCUGUCUGUUGGAAGCAGUACUUUUUACUGCCUCCUUGUCUUCUGUACAUCUUACUGGGUUUAAUUGAAAAAAGAAAAAACAACUCUUGUAAAAAACAGUUUAACAAUACUAAACUGCUAAACAACUAGAUGUAAUCAGGUUAUCAAAGGCAAGUAGAGUAAUAAUCUCUCCUGCAUGGUAAAUCUAGACUUCCCCCUUUGAUUGUCCUUGUGAUAGGUUUGUUACCAAUAUAGGAUUUCAACUGAGCACUGACGCGGACUCGAUUUUUACCUUCCCCUCUGGCGAGGCUUUGUCUCACUCACUGUACGGUUUAAAUUUGAUCUCUUCAGCCUUCUCCCUCGCAUCUUUAAACUGUUCAAGUAUGUCUGUUGUAGCCAGAAAGUUCAUUGCUGUGAAAUGACUUCCAGUGGUAAAGAAAAGGGGGUCUGCAACUGCUUUUGUUUUUUGUUGGAUAAAUUCCCUGUUGUAGGGGUGGCAUUUUUCUGGAUGAGGUUUGCUUCUGUCUUAGCCUUGCACAGGGAAAAAAAAUACCCAUUUAUCUUUUCUUGUGCUUAAUUAAUAGCUUUAUCUUUUUUUUCACAUCAUUUUAUCCUUUUCUCUUUAACAGAAAGUAAAUAUGUAUAAAAUUUGAAGGAACCUAAACUAACAAUACCUUCUGUGUAUAUUAUUUUAAUGAAGAAAAUAAAUUGAUUACUGGCAUUGGAACAGUAUAAAAUACCAGUUUGUACAGUGUGAUCUAUAUGUGACCAUGUUACUCUCUUCCAUUUCACACGAGGAAAUAGACACAACUGCAGUUUCACAAGUAAUACUGGCUCCACUCCUUGGUGCUGGCAGUGUGUGGGGACAGACAUAAUGCUGAAAGGAGCUCCUGGCAUCAGCGGAAACACUAGUGGAUUCUAUUCCAUCUUUGCACUGUGGCUUACCUGCCAAUUUUCUUAACUGUUCUUGUGUAAUCAACAAUGUGCUAACCUGCUUUUCUUUUUGUAAACAUUUUGUGUUACAGGCUGCAUUCUUGCCUUACUGUAUAGAAAAAGGAAGAAGGCUGGGUCUAAUAUUGCACAUUUUAAGCUUUUAUACCUUUAUCUUGGAAUGGUCAACUUCUGGACCAGAUAGCCAGAACCACAGGUCUGCUGUUAAGGGAUUUUAAAUUGUGCAUUUUUAACACUAUGGUGAAAUAAUUUAAUACAAUCCCUUGUGUUCAUAGGAUGAGGGGCUAUUUUAUGUCUUGUUGGUGGAAACUGUUUAGUAAGAGGGAAUGCUGACAUGAAGUAAGUUAGUGCUCUGCACUGGGUGGUCUGGCCACAAAAAGAACACCUUGCAAGAGAAACCAACCUUUAGACGGCAUCUGCUUUACUCAGUUCUUCACUCUUGGUUGGUUUCUAGCAGAGUUGAAAGUGGCUGGGAAUCAAGAGGUCAUUGGAAGUGCAGGCAGGGAAGCCCAAGCAAGUCACAUAAAAUGCUCUCAGCUCAAUGCUGUGUUUAACAUUCACAUUUUAAAUCCCUUUACCAGACACUAAUGUAAAGUACAUCUUCUGGACUAUAAACAUGUGAUAGUUCCAGAGUUUUGUAUAGUCGAUGUUAAAUAAAAGCCAAAACUGGAAUGUGCAGAAAAUAGGGUUCGGUUUCUUUGUGGAUUCACCUUUUGUCUUUGUUUAACUUCAAGGAUUCCUGGAGUUGAUUGGUAUAUUCUUUAAAGACUUAGAGCAAUCCAUUUGCUUAAACUGUUGUAUCACAAGGGAUUUGCCCAGGGACCAUGACCUGCUGGUGUGUGUAUAUAUCUACAAAAACAAAACAAAUCACCCAUCGGGAUAGAAAGUGGUAGCAAUCACAAACUAAAGACCUUGGCUUCUUUAGGUACAAUGCCCUGACUCUCAGUUACAGUGGGUCUUGAUUGUUUCUGUGACAGAAGGAUUUAUUCAGACUGCUGUACUCUUCAUUUGAUGUAACAAAAUGCUAUUAUCUAAAUAUUUGUAAAUAAAGUACCUGUAUCUAGAUUAAA